AUGGGCGGGCGGCCCUCGAGUCUCCUGAACAAGCAGCAGCAGCAGUGCCUGAGGGAUCAGGUGGAUGCCUUGCUGGGGAACUUUCUGCCUUGCUACCGUGGGCAACUGGCAGCCUCCAUCCUGUGGCACAUCUCCCAAGAGCUGGGUCCCCAGGAGCCGGCUGGAUGCCAGCUGUUGCGCAGCAAAAAGCUGCCCCGAGUUCGUGAACACCAAGGACCCCUGAUCCAGCUUCAGGGUCAUCCACCCCAGUGGCAGACAGUCUUCUGCGUUCUGCGUGGGGAUGGCCGCCUGGAGUGGUUCAGCCACAAGGAGGAAUAUGAAAGUGGGAUUCAUCCCCUUGGCUCUGUAGCCCUAACGGGGUACACUCUUCUGACUUCCCAGCAUGAAUAUCUCCGCCUUCUGGAUGCUCUCUGCCCAGGUUCCUCUGGGGAUCAUACACAGGAAAAUUCUGACUCUCUCUUGGAAGCACCUGUGAACUUCCCUCUGUUCCUGCAUCACCCCUUUCGUCAUCACCUCUGCUUCUCUGCAACUACUAGGGAGGCACAGCAUGCCUGGAGGCUAGCCCUGCAGGGUGGCAUUCGGCUUCGGGGCACAGUCCUGCAGCGAAGCCAAGCCCCUGCUGCCCGGGCCUUCCUGGAUGCCGUCCGACUCCACCGGCAGCAUCAAGGCCACUUUGGCUACGAUGACGCGACCCUGGGCUCGGACGCUGAGGUACUGACCGCGGUGCUGAUGCAGGAGCUGCUGCCGGCUCUGAGAGCCCAGACUCUGCCAAGCCUGCGGGGAGCCGGCCGCGCCCGUGCUUGGGCCUGGACCGAGCUUCUGGACGCCGUCCACGCAGUUGUCCUGGCCAGGGUGUCUGCGGGGCUCCGCGCCUUCCAGCCUGAAAAGGACGAACUGCUCGAGUCCCUGGAAAGGACGAUCCGCCCGGACGUGGACCAUUUGCUGCAGCUGCGAGCUCGCGUGGCGGAACGGCUGCAGACGGAUGUUCAGGGCCUGCUCGAGUCGUGCCUUCGCCGGGAGGUGGACACGCAGCUGCCUCGAGUCACACGGACGCUGCUGGGCACCGUGGAAGCCGUGCUCGAACUGGUACGGAGCCUCCUAGCCCAGGGCAUGGACCGCCUGUGCAGCCAUCUGCGCCGGAACCCCUCGGGUGCGCGACUGCGCAGGGAGGUUUACUCAUUUGGGGAGAUGCCAUGGGACCCAGAGAUGAUGCAGACAUGCUACCGAGAGGCUGAGCGGAGCCAGGGGCACUUGGGGCAGCUGGUGGCACGAUUUGGCUUCCUGGGGAUGCGGAGCUUAGUGUUUGGGACCCAGGAUCUCUCACAGAAGCUCAUGGCUGAUGCCGUGGCCACCUUCCUGCAGCUGGCUGACCAGUGUCUGACCACAGCCCUGGACUGUGACCAGGCUGCCCAGCAGCUAGAGAAAGUCAGGGGGCGUGUGCUAAAGAAGUUCGAGUCAGACAGCGGGUCGGCGCAGAAGAAGUUCAUUCGGGGCUGGGUGUUGUGCAUUUUCUUGCCUUUUGUGCUGAGUCAACUUGAUCCAAGCCGCAAAAAGGAGCUGCCUGAUUUUGAGGGGGAUGUCCUUGCUGUGGGUAGCCAGGCCCUGACCACUGAGAACAUCUAUGAGGAUAUCAUCCAGAAGGUCUUGCUGCAGAGAAUCAACCAAGAAUUGAAAAAGGCCCUUGGUGCCAGUGAUGUAUCCUGCACUCUGGCUGGCUAUUCAGAGACCCCAUGGGAGAAGGAGCAAGGGGAAGAAGCCAAGGGGACAUAGACCAGGAGUGGAGUCAGAUGAAGAAACUGAGCCUCAGAGAGACAGAGGGCCUUGCCCCAUGCAGCCAGUCUUUAGUCCCCAGGUCCAGUCAACUCUGCCCACUGCCUCCUUGAGGAACAUUCC